AGUACACAUCAUGAGUCCAAAGUGUUCGGAGGGUCGCUUCUGUGGUGGCUUUCUCGUGAAUCGUGACAAUUUAUGAAUACAUUGUGGUUUAUUCUCUGUGUACAUUCGCUGGUUUUCACAAAGUGAAGUGCAACUUUCACAUUUUCUCUCUUCCUCUCCUUUUUGAAUUUACACGAAAUUACACUUCGCUUCUCACUUUCCUCUGUGAAUAAUAAAACAAAAUACCGCCGCCAAUCAACAUCCCAUCAAGUUUAGAAGAACCCCAGACAAGCUUCGAGAAUGCUGCACGGAUUCCCGUGAACUGAGACGUCUAAAAAAAGCCAGGAAGGUGGAUUUGUAAUUAAAAAGAAGGAAAAGUUGAAGCUGGAAAAUUGUGAAUAUUUUGCAUAAUUUACACCCAUCUUUCGCAUCGCACCACCACAUACUUUUGUACAACCUACAUACAUAUAUCUGUUCGAGACCAACGGAUCUCUCCUCCCAUCUUAAUCUUGCACAAGAAUCCCCGCAGUGAAAACUAUCCCUAUCGAGAAUAGCAUUACUUUCAAGAGUGGGCCACAAGAAGGAAGAAAAAGAGAAAGAUGACAGAGAGAUAUGCUGAGGAAUCGUCAAUUCUUUCGGAUCAAGAUGAUGUAAUUGGGGUGUCAUCGUCAGAUAUGGAGGAGGAGGAUGCUGACGAUGAGGAUGAGCAGGAGAAUGGGACAGACACCGAAGGAAUGCACAUCCCAUUCAGUCCGCAACUAAUGGACUCCGUGUCUAUUCGCACCGAGAUGGAGGAAACAAAUCCCACAACGGAGUUCAAUGGUCUCAAAUCCAUUCUCAAGCUCUUCGGCUACGGAAGUGGUCUACUCCUGUCCACCUUUGCCCUCAUCAUCCUCCUACCACUCUACUACGAACAAUUGGCACUCAAUGGUGAACAAUUUAACAUCUUCGGAGCCAUUCUCUUUGUAAGCUUCAUCGUGACGAUGAUCCUAGUUGGGAUAUCCGUUAUCCUUGGGAGUAUUAACAAGUGGAAGGUACCCUUCUACAGACCACCUGUGCCAUGGAAAAGAUUGCUCCCCAUCGUCACAUCCUUUGGAGUGAGUAUCGUCCUUUUCACUGUAAGCUGCUACCAGAGAGUGCCAUGCCAUCUUCAGGAUCCACUCAAGGGUGGUGCUCUUGUCUUCUCACUCAUCUUCUACUUUUUCUUCUGCAGAAAAGUGAUGGGAUUGCAACGAAUUUUCUCUGCAACAACCGCCGUUGUUGGGCUCUUCAUCUCCGUGGACUAUGGCUUGUGUGAUGAAUUCCGGUGUCGAGGGAGUGAUCUAACCGUAACACCUAACGACGAUGCUACAGCAUCCGUUGGUUGGCAAGGACGUGCUGUUUGGACACUCUUUUACGUGAUUGCAAUUUUUGUUUGGGCCUUCCAUGUUGUCCUCCUCGAGGGUUUUGUCGUCUCUGUCCCAAAGAAUGGCAAAUCCCCCGUCACGUCAGCCACACCGAACCAUCUGUUGAGGACAGUGUCAAGAAUUGUGGCCAAUUCUGAACCACUACUGACCCCGACGCCAAUUAAGAAGCCACCAAGCCGUCAGAGAGUCCACCCACUUCAUUUGAUUGUUUGGAUUCAUGCCCUAAGCUUUGUCUUUAUCGUGGCAUUUGGUUGGAUUGACAUUUUUCCAGCAGCUGGACGGAUUAAAUCCUUUAGUAGCCACAUGUCUGACAUGGAAAAUUCUCUACUGUGCCAUCUUAAUAUAUACAAUCGAGUACCUGAUGUGAGAAGUAACCAGGAAGAUGUAGACUUAUUGUCCAAUUUAGUUCCCGAUAGUCCACAAUACAACAGAACCGUCCAAAGAUUGCGCAAGCCGAGGAGUUUGGAUGCCACCGAGGGUGACACAACUAAUCACACCAAGCUCAAUGAGGCUCGCGAAAAGUUGCAUGAAAUCGAUCCAGGAGACUUUCAUAGAAUAUUCCACGUGGCAACACCUAAGCACACCAUAGCUGGACUCAAUCAUACAGCCCAUAAGAUCAAUACAGAGCGUCAUUGGCACAAAAGUAAACCUAUACCGCAGAAGAAGAAGCACCAUGAUCGGCUCAAAAAUAAUAAUAGUAACAAUCGAGCAACUAACAUUGUGCUAGAGAGAAAGAUUUCCGGUGAUUGUGGUCACUGUCAGAUGUAUGCUCUCCUCCUUGUGGGAGUGUACCUAAUCUUUGCGGUGUGCAUAGUGAAUUUCCUCAUUGUGGCGGAAUCAGCCGUUUUCACGGUGACCGUUAUAACUGCCACACUACCCCUCGUGGGUAUCUUCUGGUCAAUAUUUAAAAUCUCAAAGACAACCACUAUUGCCACACUAAUUUGGUCUCCUGAGAUUUCUGGAGAGUUCAUCUGCUCACUACUGGGAACACCAAUUGUCUUCCUGGGCUUGGGACUCCUAUGUCGCGCCUAUGUGUCGGAAAAUUCCGCUACAUCGAGAUGCGAGACGCCCUCGGUGUCAUCCUCCCUGCGCAAUCGUUAUACCUCAUUCUCGUAAGACACACAGGAGAAAUAAACAGAGAUAUAAUAGUAAAAAGACACAUUAUUGCUCAGAGAGUGAAGGAAUACAUUUCCAAUGUCAAUAAAAUUUAGUGUUUUAUACUAGGAAUGGUUGUACGAGGAUACCCAUAAUGUACGGUAUCGCUCGCUGAGUGACUACAUAAAGUUUAUUACGAUAUGGUGUCAAAGUCAUAGAGGUUUUAAUCAAAGAGGUUCUUUCCCCACAUGAAAGUAGCGAAUGUGUAUUAAAAGGACACAAUGGAUUUUACUUCUAUUAAAUGGUACUAAAUGGUAUAAUUGAAAAUUAAAAAAAAAAGAGAUAUUAACUGAAAAUUUGUAAGUUCACAGUUUAUACGGGGUCGUAUGAAAUAAUAAUAAAAAAGUAUCACAAUAAAAAGCUUAAUCAAAAGAACUAAACUAAAUUAUGUAAAUUAAAUUAUUUACUCUAAUUCAAUGUGCCACAUUUCUUUCAAAGUGCCAAAAAAAGAUAUUUAAUUAAAUAAAUUUAUUAAGCUAAAUUUUGAUUAAAAGGAUUUAAAUUGCAAUGAAAAUGAAUAAGAAGAGCGAAAAAAGGAGUUCAUUAAUUAUGCAUGGUUUUUUAUUUAAAUAAAAGGAAAAAUAUUUUGAAGAAAAGGCCUAAAUUUCUUUACAACAAAAAAAAUGAAAGGAAUCUCUUUUCUACUCCAUAACCAAUUCCUACCCACCUUCCAACCUUAUACUACAUUAACUACCUACACUUCUCCAUAUACCCAAAACCAGAACAAAAAUAAUAGAAAAAAAUAAUAAAAUUGAAUCGAAUUGUAUAGAAAUAUUGGUAUUCAUCGUAUGUGGUAUACCAACUAAUAUCUCAAUUUUCACAAACGACCCCGUAUAUUUAUUAAAAAUUAUUGUAAUAUGUUUAUAUAUAGGUAACUUUUAGUAUAUCAUAAAUAAAAUUUAUUAUUGUGUAAUGUUUGUAUAUUUGGUGGAACAAAUUAAAAGCGAGUGUUCUUCUGAAAACAUAGCAUAAAAAAUAAUGGAGUAAUUUGCAUACCACAGCAGAUUUACCUAAAAUAGUCGCAAAAAUUGUAUACUGUUGAUGAUGUUACUCAUAAAAUGCUCAAAGCCAAGCAGAAAUUUAAAUAAAUUAUUUUUCAGUAAGCGCUAAAAA